AGAUAAAAAUUGCCUGAAGUUACCUGUUUUUAUCCCAUCAAGUGUUGUUCCAAAGCAAGAAACUAAAACUGAAGAUGAUACACUGUAUACCGAAGACAUUGAUGAUGAAGAAAUAGACCGAGAGUAUUUACUUCAACCCAGAGAAAUCAUGCUGAAAGCAGCUAUAUGGUUCAAAGCCAAUGCAGAACACUUGGAACAAGCACGAAAACGUAAAUUAGCCAAAAGACAAAAAGAACAGCAACAACAACAGGAAGAUAUUAAAGGUCCUAAAAAGCGUAAAACGGCUAGUCGACGUAAUAAUUAUUCUUCAUCAACAAGAUCAAAUCGUAAUGCAAUUUCAAAAGAAGAAGACAGUAAACCAAUAUCUCGUAAAAUUAACUAUGAAGCACUUGAAGCAGUUGUUGGUCUAUCUGCUGCACCAGCUUCAUCCUCCCAAUUAGACCAGCAUAUUGUACCGGCGACUGAUGUAGAUAAUAGUGAACCAAGACCUGGUCCAUUGCUUGCAUCCACUUUGUGUGAUAAUGAAAAUUCUAAAGAAUUAUUCAAAUCACCUAAGCAAAUUUUAGAGGCCAAUAAUCAGAAAUCACGUUCAAAAGCAUCUGUAUGUAACGGUGAACAGUUAAAUAAAGCCUAUGGUGGACAAGAUGAUAACAACAUUGCUGUUGAUAAUGAUAAUGCUGAGGAGGAGGAGGAGGAAGAAGAAGCAGUUGAAGACGACGAAGAAAAUAAUGUUGGCAAUAAUGAUCCAUAUAAUCAAUAUUUGCCUAACUACAGUCAUGGAAUCGAUGAUGAUGACGACGAUGAAGACUGGUCGACUGGUGCUGAAUUAUGGUGAUUACCAGUGAAUUGUAAAUAUUGUAAAUAUUUUAUCAGUGAAAUUCAAUUAUCCAUAAUGUAUAUAGAUGUAUAAUAUCUUCUUCUUCUACUACUCUAUAUUUAUGUGACCAAAUGCAUUUAAUUUCAAUUGUUUAUUCAUUUAUGAACAGUUUAUGAAUUGAAAAAAAAAAACUCUAUUCACUAUUCAACGAUUAAUUUUUCUGUGUAUUUGAGUAACAGAGUAAGUGGCGAGUUCCUGCUCUCCUACCUGUUAAAUUUUUAUACCCAAUAGAUUUUUUUAUAAUUGUAUUUUUUUCUCUCGUCUCUUUGUUCACAUUUAAGAUUUUAAAAGUAUUUUAUUUGUUUUGUAAUUUUCUUUUACUUGUUGAUUUGUUAUUAUUUAAUGAAAUUGUAUUUUACUUUUGUGAUUAUUACAUAACUGCGUGUAUGUGAUUUUUUAAAGAAGGGAAUUUUAUUUCAUUUAAAU